AUGCCACAUGGGCAUGGAAAAAGAUAUUAUCUAGCAUAUGAACUAAUGAAAACUGUGGAUUCUCAAGAAAGCCAGAACAAAUCUGCGCAAGAGUUGCCUCCCGGUCAGGUUGAAGCAAAGGACCCGACAACUGGUGCACCUUACUUCUACAAUCAAAGCACCGGAGUGAGUCAAUGGGAUCGCCCUGGCAAUGUUUUGAAUAUCAUGCAACAUCAAGUUCCUCCAUCCUUGCCAGAGAACUGGGAGGAGGCAAUUGACAAAUCAACAGGCCACAAAUACUAUUAUAACACAAAGACACAGACAACACAGUGGGAACCUCCUGCUACUGCGAACACCAGUAUUACACCUCUAGCUUCCACCAACACUGCAGUUGAGCCAGUCGCUCAAACUGCAGAUAUUUGGAACUCUCAAAUGCAGAGAUGUUUGGGCUGUGGCGGAUGGGGAGUUGGUCUUGUCCAACCCUGGGGAUACUGCAAUCACUGCACAAGGGUUCAAAAUCUUCCUUUUCAACAGUAUCCAACUUAUGCAAAUAAUACGAUGCACGCCAGUGGUAACAAUGCUCCCAAAACUCAGGGGAAUGUUUCAGCUAAGGACAGAUCAAGCUCAAAACCACCCUUAGGGAAAACAAAUAGAAAAGAUCACCGCAAAAGAAAUCGCCCCGACGACGAUGAGCUUGACCCAAUGGACCCGAGUUCUUACUCAGAUGCUCCACGUGGUGGCUGGGUUGUUGGUUUGAAGGGUGUUCAACCACGAGCAGCAGAUACUACCGCAGCUGGACCUUUGUUCCAACAAAGACCAUAUUCCUCACCGGGUGCUGUGUUGAGAAAAAAUGCAGAGGUAGCAACCCAUGGCAAGAAACGUGGUGGUAUGGCUCCGAUAACAAAAAGAGGAGAUGGCAGCAACGGACUUGGGGAGGCAGAUUAG